UGUGGCAGUUGUUUGAACAUUGCAAAGCGAGAGGUAUUUUGUGAAGGUUCUUUUAUUCUGGAUGCUCGGGUACCUUUCUUGCAUUUCCAGUCAGGACUAAUGCAGAUUGGGUCACAGACGUGUCUGAAAGGUGAACACUGCUUGUCCUCCUGAACUCACAAUGCUGCAGCCCCAUGUGCUGAGUGUGUGCCAUGUGCUUGUGCUGGUGUUGUGUCUGUCUGCGGCUGAGGACUUCGACUGGACAAAGAAUGACCACGGCUCCUUCUAUUAUGGCACUUUUCCAACUGGUUUUUCGUGGGGGGUCGGCAGCUCAGCCUAUCAAACAGAAGGAGCUUGGGAUAAGGACGGAAAAGGAAUGAGCAUCUGGGAUGUCUUCUCCCAUAAAAAGGGGAAGGUGAUCUACAACGAAACUGGGGACUCGUCGUGUGAAGGAUACUACAAAGUUAAGGACGACAUUGCCCUACUGAAAGAGCUGAAAUUAAAUCACUAUCGAUUUUCCAUCUCUUGGCCCCGAAUCAUGCCGACAGGAAUAAAAUCUGACCACGUGAAUGAAAAAGGAAUAAAAUACUAUGAUGACUUAAUUAAUCUUCUCUUGGAGAACAAGAUCACUCCCAUUGUGACUCUGUACCACUGGGACCUACCUCAGGUUCUCCAAGAAAAAUAUGGGGGCUGGCAAAAUCUAAGCAUGAUCAAUUACUUUAAUGACUAUGCCAACCUAUGUUUCGAGAGGUUUGGUAAUCGUGUGAAAUACUGGAUUACUUUUAACAACCCUUGGUCUGUUGCUGUUGAAGGAUAUGAAACAGGAGAGCAUGCGCCUGGGAUGAAGCUGAGAGGAUCAGGACCAUACAAAGCAGCUCAUUAUAUCAUCAAGACUCAUGCCAAGGUUUGGCACACUUAUGACAACCAAUGGCGCAGCAAACAAAAAGGCAUGGUUGGCAUUUCCCUGAACGGUGACUGGGGAGAGCCUGUUGACAUUACAAGCCAGAAUGACAUUGAAGCCGCUGAAAGAUACAUCCAGUUUUACCUUGGCUGGUUCGCAACCCCCAUCUUUAAUGGAGACUAUCCACAGGUGAUGAAAGACUACAUAGGUAGGAAGAGUGCACAGCAAGGCCUGGAAACCUCAAGGCUGCCGACCUUCUCAUCCCAGGAAAAGAGCUACAUCAAGGGAACAUGUGAUUUCCUUGGAAUCGGGCAUUUCACUACACGCUACAUCACACAGAAAAACUUCCCAGCCAGUCACGGCCCCAGCUACUUCACUGACAGGGACCUGGCGGAGCUGGUGGACCCCCGGUGGCCUGACCCUGGCUCUGAAUGGUUGUAUUCUGUGCCGUGGGGGUUCAGGCGCUUGUUCAAUUUCGUGAAGACUCAGUAUGGAAACCCCAUGAUCUAUGUGACAGAGAAUGGAAUGUCUGAAAAGAUGACUUGUACGGAGCUUUGUGAUGAUUGGAGAAUGCAGUACUUCAAGGAAUACAUCAAUGAGAUGCUUAAAGCGAUGAAGGAUGGUGUGAAUGUGAAAGGAUACACUGCCUGGUCCCUGCUGGAUAAGUUUGAAUGGGAUGAGGGUUACUCUGAGAGGUUUGGAUUGUACUAUGUUGAUUUUAGAAACCAGAAUAAACCACGCUAUCCAAAGGCCUCUGUCCAGUACUACAAAAGGAUCAUCAGUUCAAACGGAUUCCCGAACCAGAGGGAGGUUGAAAACUGGUACCGCAAGGCAAUAGAGACCUGCUCUUCAAGUAAUCAGCUUCUUGCUGCAGCUAGAAGAAAGUCCAAGGAAAAUAAGGAACAUGCAGAAAUGCCAAAGGUUUGGCCAGUGCAUGAUGAAGUUUAGAACAACAGUGGACUACUGCUGCCAAUAUUCUAAGACUUAUUCAUGAUCCCCUGACCAGUCACAUGGAGAUGGUGACGGAGAUCGUUGUCCC